AUGAAGUGGUCCGCAGUCACCGCUGGUGUUAUUGGCCUUGCUGGGUCUGGUAAUACUUACAGUGUCUCAGCUCUCGCCCAGCUGGACUCGACUGCAUUCGUCGACGCCGACACUGGAAUAUCUUUUCAGUCUUACACAAGCACGGACGGUAUUACUUACCGACUAGCUCUUCCCGCAGAGGCAACCGGCGAUGCUGCCUAUGAUGUGAUCCUCCAGGUCGUGGCGCCAGUAGGAUUGGGCUGGGCCGGAUGGGCAUGGGGCGGUGCUAUGACAUACAACCCCCUGACUCUCGUAUGGCACGACGGAGACAAUGUUCAAUUUUCUUCCCGUCAAGCUACGGGAUACUAUUUACCUGGUGCAUACGAGGAUGCUAAGUACACGGUCCUUAAGGGCACUGGCGUCAACGAAACGCAUUUCAAAUUCACGGCACUUUGCACAGGUUGUGCUAGCUGGACUGAUUUUGACGGAAACCCAUACAUCCUCAACGGUGCCGCAGACACAAACUUCGCCUACGCCUUCUCGAAGACCGCAGUUGAGGAGCCGGCAAACCCUGAGACGGGCUUCAGCAUUCAUGACAAUGUGGGACGAUGGAUUCACGACAUGGGCAACGCUCGAUCUGACAAGUUCAAGGAGUGGUACGGAGCUAGAGCUAUAAAAUUCAAAGUAUUCGUUAGGUAUGUUGAAUUCUUUUUUGGUUUGUUGCAUCGAAAAUUCAUUAUGGCCCCUACAAGGAAAUCAAAAACAAAUCAACCUCCAUCACCAUCCCGAACCUUGGUUCUCGACAAUGGCGCCUACACUAUAAAGGCUGGAUAUGUGGCUGGUGACGUCGUAGACGAGCCUCGCAUAAUACCGAAUUGCAUCGCUCGAGAUCGCAACAAGAAGAUCUAUAUUGCUUCCAAUAUUAAUAAAUGCACCGACUUCAGCGAGAUCGCUUUUAGGCGACCCGUGGAGAAAGGCUUCGUCGUGAACUGGGAGACUGAGAAAGAGAUAUGGGAACACGAAUUCUUUGAUGACAAGGCUCCUCAACCCUGCGAUCCCUCAGAGACUCGGUUACUACUUACCGAACCGUCAAACUCCCUUCCUAUACUACAGACGAAUUGCGAUCAAAUGGUAUUCGAAGAGUUUGGGUUUGCUAGCUACUACCGGGGAAUUGGCCCGUCUCUCAAUGCCUAUCACGACGUGCAAGGUAUCCUUCGAACACCACGAGACCCCGGGACCCUUGCCCAGCUUCCUGCCGAGAUUUUACUCCUCAUCGAUACCGGAUAUUCCCAUACUACCGUUACGCCUCUUCUCCAAGGCAGACCCAUUCAUCCUGCUAUUCGAAGAUUAGAUGUUGGAGGUAAACUCCUAACUAAUUACUUGACGCGGUUGCUUUCUCUUCGUCAUUACGACAUGCGUAACGAGACGUACAUUGUCAACGAGAUGAAGGAGGCUGCUUGCUAUGUUUCCCUCGACUAUAAAGGAGACCAUGAGCGUACCUGGAAGGGCACAAGAGGCGAACGUCGGGACACCUUUCUCAAUGGUGGAGGAAUAGCUAAAGAUUACGUGCUCCCCGAUUUCCAUACGAUAACUAAGGGCAUUCUCCGGGAUUUCGAUCCUCUUCGUGCCUCAAAGGCUCGAAAACUGGCGGCUGGGCGUGCUGGGGAGUCUAACGAGGAUGUGAUAACUCUCCGGAACGAACGCUUCUCUGUUCCAGAAUUGCUAUUCCAUCCUUCAGAUAUUGGUAUCCGCCAGCCAGGUAUUGCGGAUCUCGUCAUGCAAUCUUUACGCCUUCUACCCGUCGGAUUAUGGCCUGGUCUUCUUGCUAAUAUCAUCGUCGUCGGCGGCAACUCCCUUUUUGACGGAUUUGUUGAACGACUACAAAAAGAAAUCGUGCAGCUCGCUCCCGAUGAAUGUUUCGUCCGGGUUGCUCGCCCUGUGGAUCCGAUAAUCAGCACAUGGCUAGGUGGUGCUAAUCUAGCCAAGCAUGAGAACAUCAACGCGUUGUCCGUUACAAAGCAAGAGUAUGAAGAGUUCGGUGCGGCGUGGGUUGCGCGCAAGUUCUCCACCGGCUUGGAGUUAUGAUUUGCCUCGAGACAGAAUUCACUUCCAGAAUAUUUAAGCCUCACGCGCUGAUUUACGUCACAGAUGACAAUAUCGAACCGGUUUGGCUCUAACAUAUCGCUCAUACGACGAGGCUAUUUUGGACCUUUUUAACUACCUACAGGUAAUCUUACAUAUGAAAUGUAUUAACCCAUAUGCUUUAAGGUCGAACAACCAAGUUGAUGUACACAUUGAUAGGAGGAACACGCAGCAAUAGAUUUACCGAAUAAAAACUAAAUAUGCUCAUUCAUAACUGAGUUGGGUAUCAUCUUGGCCCUCGAACUCGAUGGGCACGCAAGAGAAACAAUCAUAAGGCCGCAUGUCAUGUCGUUGACCACGCCUUACUGCAACUAAUAUCAACAAUACACGCCCAACCGACCGUACCAAACAUAGGAGUGGCAAUGGAGUAGAGAACCCGUAACGCCGCCAGUGACCAUGGAACCCUAGGCCGAACAGUUAAAGAUCAUAGUCGUAAUAGGUAGUAGAUUAAUCAUAAUAGGAUACUCGAUAGUUCAUAAUCGAGCACUUAUAC